AUGGGUACUGGAUGGGAAUUAACAUCUAAAUUAAAAGAUAAAAUAUUUAAAUAUGCAUUAUAUAAUCAAACUCCUGUAUCUUUAAGACAAAUGGUACAAUUUGGUCCUUCACCUUCUCCUGGUUCAAUAUUUUUAGCAUCAAAAUUUAUAGUUGAAGAAUUACCAAUAAGGUUAGCUAAAAAAGUAAAAGAUUUAGAAUUAGCUCCAUUAGGUUUAAAUGAAUCACCAUCUACUAUAAAAGUUAAAAAUUGGUAUGCUCAGUCAUUUCAAGAAUUAACUGAAUUAAAAAAGCCAAUUAUAGAUGAUAAUUUAAAAAAAUUACUAUAUCAAUCAAAUUCAAAUACUACCAAUACUAAUAAUACUGAUAAUUCAUCCACUAUAAAUUCUUCAUUAGAUGAUCAACCACAUCUAAGAGAAGAAAUUCAUAAAAUACCUGAUCUGCUAGAUGAUAAUCCUGCAAUAAAUAAUAUUUUCAGUGAUGAUGGAAUAGUGGUUCGACAUCAUCAUCAUCAUCAUCAUAAUCACCAUAAUCAUAAUAAUCAUACAAUAGAUCGAACUAGAAUUUCAAAAUCAAAUGAUAAUACAACAAUAAGAACAGAAUCCCCAACUUAUGGAAUGACAUAUUUUCAACCAUGUCCAUUAAAUAUAAUAUGGCCAAAAGAAGUUUAUGAAUAUAAUAAAUUAGUUUGUGAAGCAUUGGAAAAAAUUAAAAAAAGACAUGAUGCAACAGUGGCUACAAUGGCCCAAGGUGUACAAGAAUGGAAAACUAAAAAUAAAACUGUUUUAGUAAAUUCUCAAAUUCAAACUUUUUUAGAUAGAUUUUAUAUGUCAAGAAUUGGAAUUAGAAUGUUAAUUGGUCAACAUAUUGCAUUAAAUAUGACAACAAAUUCACCAACAAAACAAAGAAUAUCAACUAUAAUAAAUGGAUCACAAGGUGCUAAAACCCCAAGAUCAAAUUAUGUUGGUGUUAUAUGUACAGAUUGUAAUGUUGGAGAAAUUGCAGAAGAUGCAAUAGAAACAGCAAAAUAUAUAUGUGAAGAAUAUUAUGGAUUAUUUGAAGCUCCUAAAAUUCAAUUAAUUGCUCCAAAUCAAGAUAUUAAUUUUAUGUAUGUACCAGGUCAUUUAAUUCAUAUGUUAUUUGAAACUUUAAAAAAUUCAUUAAGAGCAACAAUUGAAUUUAAUAUACCAAAAUUAAAACAAAAAUAUAUGGAAGAAAAUCCAAAUAUAAAAUAUGAAGAAAUUGAUUUAAAUGAUUUAGAAUUUCCAUCUAUAAAAGUUAUAAUAUCAGAAGGUAUAGAAGAUAUUGCAAUAAAAAUUUCUGAUGAAGGUGGUGGUAUACCAAGAUCUUCAUUACCAUUAAUUUGGACUUAUUUAUAUACAACAGUUAAUGAAACCCCAAUUUUGGAACCAGAAUAUAAUCAAACAAGUUUUAAAGCUCCAAUGGCUGGAUUUGGUUAUGGAUUACCAAUAAGUAGAUUAUAUGCUCAAUAUUUUGGAGGAGAUUUGAAAUUAAUUUCAAUGGAAGGUUAUGGAACUGAUGUUUAUUUACAUCUUAAUAGAUUAAGUAGUUCAAAUGAACCCCUACCAUGA